AUGCCGAACCCACGACACCACUUCAAGCGUCACUUUGGCUUCCCCAACACGGGUGCCAUCAUGGGCUUUCUUCCUGACAGUGUCUUGCAUGAUAUGGUAGCCACACUCGGGGAGUUCAUCGGUACUUUUUUGUUCUUGUUUUUUGCAUACGCUGGCUGCCAAGUUGCCAAUGACCCUUCCGAGAGAAACGGCCUGCCUGUUGAAGCAAACACAUUGAGAAUCAUCUACAUUGGUCUCAGCUUCGCCGUAUCUCUGGCUAUCAACUCCUGGUUGUUUUAUCGCGUUAGCGGUGGUCAACUAAACCCAGCUGUGACACUGACAUUGUAUCUCGUUGGUGCCAUUCCAGGACGUCGUACAAUCACCAUUUGCAUUGCUCAGAUCAUCGCUGGAAUCGCUGCAGCGGGUGUUGCAUCAUGCACAUUCCCCGGUCCCAUGAAGGUCGAUAUCAGCUUGGGAGCAGGUACGAGUAUUGCACAGGGCUGCUUCAUUGAGAUGUUCACCACAAUCCUGCUAUGCCUUACUGUUGUGAUGCUUGCUGCUGUGAAGCAUAAGGCGACCUUCCUGGCUCCCCUUGGUAUCGGAAUGGCCCUCUUCGUUGGCCAUUUGUGCAGUGUCGAAUUUACCGGUGCUGGUAUUAAUCCUGCAAGAGCGUUCGGCCCGGCCGUCGUCAAUCAUUCGUUUCCUGGUUAUCAUUGGAUUUACUGGAUUGGGCCACUCAUCGGCUCUCUUGUCGUUGCACUCUUUUAUCACAUCCUUGAGUGGCUUGACUGGAAAAGCGCCAACAUCGGACAAGAUUUCGAUGACCUGGAGGCCCAACACCUCGAUUCGAAGAAGCACACGCCCAGGCCGAACAUCUUUGCGACUUCGCUCACUCCUGAUCCCGUAGAGCCAGAACCAAAGCUUCAACCCGAGGAGGAUGGUCAGGGAAGCGAAGCGACAACUCAGCAUGAGUAA